AUGGCGCUGGUGCCCUGCCAGGUGCUGCGCGCCGCCAUCCUGCUCUCCUACUGCUCCGUGCUGUGCAACUACCAGGCCAUCGACAUGCCCGCGCACCACACCUACGGCGGCAGCUGGAAGUUCCUCACCUUCAUCAACCUGGUUAUUCAAGCAGUCUUUUUUGGGAUCUGCGUAUUGACUGACCUGUCCAGCCUUCUGACCAAAGGAAAUGACAGCCAAGAACAAGAAAGACAACUAAAAAAACUCAUUUCCCUCCGUGACUGGAUGAUGGCCGUCUUAGCUUUUCCUAUUGGAGUUUUUGUUGUGACAAUGUUUUGGAGCAUCUAUAUAUAUGACAGAGAACUAGUUUUCCCCAAACUCCUCGAUAAUUUUAUACCACCUUGGCUGAAUCAUGGAAUGCAUACAACGGUUUUGCCUUUUGUAUUAAUUGAGAUGAGGACAACCCAUCAUGAAUACCCUAGCAGGACCUGUGGUCUGGUUGCCGUGUGCACUUUCUCUGUUGCCUACAUAUUAUGGGUCUGUUGGAUAUAUCAUGUAACAGGGGUUUGGGUGUAUCCCCUCCUGGAUUACCUUGGCUCAGGAGCUAAAAUUAUCUUCUUUGCAACUGUAACUGGUAUAAUUAACAUCUUCUACUUGGUGGGCGAGGUACUAAACAACUGCAUCUGGGAUACACAAAAAUGUAUGGAAGAAGGAAAAGAAAAGCCUAAAUUGGACUGAACAUAGGAUAUAAA